AUGCAUUUGGGCACCAUCCUCUCCUGCUUGCUAGCAGCAACCGCCUCCGCCUCCGCAAUUGCAGAUGGUCCAGAGCGUCGGACCCGGCCGUCACUCAAGGUCUACAAAUGCCCCAGAAAAGCCACGGCUAAAUUCAACAAGUCCGUGCCUGAUCAAAAGCCGUUCCCCACGACCCAUGUCGAGCUCUGCUGGAAGCCCAAAUCCAUCCAGCUCACCUUCAAGGCCUUUGACGAGACCGAGUUCUACUUCGAUCCCAAGCAAACCACCAACCAAGACAUCUGGCAAUACGAAGUCAUGGAGGCCUUUAUCCACCCGGGCAGAAACAGUCCGCAGACCUAUCUCGAAUUUGAAGUGAAUCCGAAUAACGUCACAUACCAAGCUUUCGUAUACAAUCCAUCCAAGGUUCGCGCGGAGAAAGCACCUUUUGACCACUUCUUUGUGACGAACCCUGCCGCCGACGGAUUCACUGCUACCACGACGCUGGAUCGCAAGGCGAAGACUUGGGUAUCUGAAGUAGAUAUUCCUUUAGCGCUAUUCAAUGUCGAACGACCGGAGCGCAGUACGUGGAGGAUGAACUUCUUCCGCACCGUUACGUCGCCCAAGACCUUUCCCGCUCAGGAGCUGGGUGCUUGGAGUCCUCCCACAAGGCGAGGUUUCAUAUCACGCCAUCUUUGGCGACGUUGA